GAUAAAGUACAUGAAAUCCUGUGAAAGAGGCCUAGACAGAAGUAGUGUGCGUGUAAUCCUCUCAUCCCCUAAUUAAGGGCACCAGAUCCCCGGACUCCUGAUUAGGCGGGCGCGUCCUUGGCCAAUCCAGGCUGGAUUUUGCCUUGGGAUCCGUGCUUACUGCUUCCUUGUCGCUCUUGGCACCAGUCGGCGACAGGUGAUCAUGAUGCUGGAUGAACUGUGGGCUACGCUCUCUGGCGUCUCCGGGGCUGCCCUGGCCUGCUGCUUCGUAGCCACGGCUGUGGUCCUGCGCUGGUCUGCUCGCCGAAAGGCGCGGGGUGCGGCGGUCCGGGCGCGACAGAAACAGAAAGCGGCCCUGGAAAGCAUGGACAAGGCGGCGCAGCGCUUCCGGCUCCAGAAUCCUGACCUGGACUCAGAGGCGCUGCUGGCCCUGCCCCUGCCUCAACUAGUGCAGAAGUUACACAGUGGGGAACUGUGUCCUAGAGCUGUGCUCUUCACCUACUUGGGAAAGGCCUGGGAAGUGAACAAAGGGACCAACUGUGUGACCACUUACCUGGCAGACUGUGAAACUCAGCUGUCUCAGGCCCCAAGGCAGGGCCUGCUCUAUGGUGUCCCUGUAAGUCUCAAGGAGUGCUUCAGCUACAAGGGCCAGGACUCGACACUGGGCUUGAGCCUGAAUGAAGGAGUGCCAGCAGAGUGUGACAGUGUGAUGGUGCAGGUGCUGAAGCUGCAGGGUGCUGUGCCCUUUGUGCACACCAACGUCCCUCAGUCCAUGUUCAGCUACGACUGCAGUAAUCCCCUUUUUGGCCAGACCACGAACCCAUGGAAUUCCUCCAAGAGCCCAGGUGGCUCCUCAGGGGGUGAAGGGGCCAUCAUUGGGGCUGGAGGCUCCCCGCUGGGCUUAGGCACUGACAUUGGAGGCAGCAUCCGCUUUCCCUCCUCCUUCUGUGGCAUUUGUGGCCUCAAGCCCACAGGGAACCGUCUCAGGGGUUCCCUUACUGGGAUUUUGCUGGGAGGAAGAGUCACAGCACCUCUGGCCCUAGUUUCCAAGUGCAAGAUUGGCCUGAAGAGCUGUGUCUAUGGACAGGUGGCAGUACAGGCGUCAGUGGGCCCUAUGGCCAGGGAUGUGGAGAGCCUGGCACUGUGCCUGCGAGCGCUGCUGUGUGAGGACAUGUUCCGCUUGGACCCCACUGUGCCCCCGCUGCCCUUCAAAGAGGAGGUCUACAGAAGCUCCCAGCCCCUGCGUGUGGGGUAUUAUGAGACAGACAACUAUACCAUGCCCACCCCAGCCAUGAAACGGGCCCUGCUGGAGACCAAGCAGAGCCUGGAGGCUGCUGGCCACACGCUGGUUCCCUUCCUGCCGAGCAACAUACCCUAUGCUAUGGAGACCCUGUCGACAGGUGGGCUGUUCAGUGAUGGUGGUGUCACCCUUCUACAGAACUUCAAAGGUGAUUUCGUGGAUCACUGCUUGGGGGACCUUAUCUUGAUUCUGAAACUGCCUGACUGGCUUAAAGGACUGCUGGCUUUCCUGCUGAAGCCUCUGCUCCCAAGGUUGUCAGCCUUUCUUAGCAACAUGAGGUCUCGGCCUGCUGGAAAGAUCUGGGAACUACAGCAUGAAAUCGAGGUGUACCGCAACUCUGUGAUUGCCCAGUGGAGAGCACUGGACCUGGAUGUGCUGCUCACUCCCAUGCUAGGCCCUGCUAUGAACUUGAGUGAUCCAGGCAAGGCUACAGGAGCUGUCAGUUACACUAUGCUCUACAACUGCCUGGACUUCCCAGCGGGGGUGGUGCCUGUCACCACAGUGACCGCUGAGGACGAGGCCCAGAUGGAACACUACAGGGGUUACUUUGGGGAUAUCUGGGACAAGGUGCUGCAGAAGGCCAUGAAGAAGAGCUUGGGGCUGCCUGUGGCCGUGCAGUGUGUGACUCUGCCGUGGCAAGACGAGUUGUGUCUGAGGUUCAUGCGGGAGGUAGAGCGACUGAUGACCCCUGAAAAGCAGCCAUUCUGACUGCUGCCUGCCCAGCCACCUGGCUGGCUCCGGAGGACCUGAGACCCGCUCAGUCUGUGCCCAGCCUAGUCAGGACACAGCUGCCACCCUGAGAAGAACUGUUUAGCCGGAGGGGCAGAGGCUUCCAUGUCCCCUAUCCCCCUCCCCUCUACAAGAAGCCCAGAUUCCCCAAGUCUGGACCUUGCUCCCUCUUUCCUGCCCUGAUGCCUGGUCUCUGCCCUGACCAUCCCCAGCAUGUGGCAGCCAGUGGAUAUAACUGGGCAAAGCCCCACUAACAAUCAAGAAAUGGUUUCUAGUCUGUGUACUUUCUGGCCGUCAUUGUUAGGGCACUGGGGGUUGGAGACUUGACCUUCUAGAGCCUGACUCCAGCCAUGUCAGUUUCCUGCUCCCACACCCCCUAGUUCCUUUUCAUCACACAAAAGAUGAACACAAGCCUUCUUCGAGUGGAUAUUGCAGCCCCAACACUUUACCUUUCCCCUCCCCCCUCGUAGGCUAAGCCCUACUUUGCUGGACAUUGUCCUUUCUUUUCUUCCUUCUUCUGUUCCUUCCCUCUACCGAGAUACCCUUUCUGCUCCUCUACUAUCAAAUUCUUUGAGGCCUAGCUCAGAUCCCUCUUUCUCUAAAAGGCCUUCCCUUCUUCCCUUGAGCUCUGGAGUAGAUGGCCAGUUUCCCCCUCCGUCUCCAUCUGCCGCAUGCGGUGGGCAUCUGCGGUGAGGGUGCUGCCUCCCUUAGCAGACUGGCUCUCCUUGCUAGCAGGGACCAUGUUAUACAUCUUUGUCCUCAGUGGCUAGCACAGGGUAGCAGGGAGUCUGGAGUGCUGACCCUGAGCUGGUGAUGUUGAAGAGAGGAGCCCACAGGCCUGGGGAGGUGAGCACCAGACAAGACAGUCUGGUAGAGGAUGCUCACAGGGCUGGCCAAGGACUGGAUUGUUCUGGGCAAGCUUCCUGAAGGAGGAGGACCUCUGUUGAGUUUAUAUUUCCCAGGGGCUGAGAUAGGGGAUGAGGACAUCCUAGGGAGAAGGAACAGUAUGCCCAAAGACCAGGAUGAGCUUGGUAGAUGCAGGCAUGUUGAGUGGGCACAGGAGAAGCAGCAGAGAAAUAGGUAAGGCCAGAUCAGGGUGGACUUGGGGGCCCAGUUCAGGAUCUUGAAUCCUGUCUCAAGACAAUAGGGAGCUCCUGAAGGAUCACAGGGAUGCAGUGAGGAGAGUAGAUUGAAGGGACAGAGGCUGGAGAGGUAUAAAGAGGUUGUUCCAUCAUCUGGGGGAGAGGGCCUGAGGUCUGAGCUAGGGCAGUGGUCCAGGGGCAGAGAGGUGGUUUGGGAAUUAACAGUUGAGAAGCAAGUGAGCUGUCUCAGCUCAGUCUGCCACGUCACCUCUCGGUGCACAGCAUUGCCUGAUGGGUGGCUCGCCUGUGACAGACUGGGAGCUUCUUGGCCUUGCUAGCAGAGUCCCCGCACUCCUCCCUGGCCCCAGCCCUAACUCCACUGCUUUCUGUGGAAGAUGUUUCUGAGCUUGAGCCCUCAGGCAGGGCAGGACCCUGGCUCCUACCUGGCCUACUUCAAAUUCUUUUCAGGGCCAGUUUCAUUUGUGAGGCUUUCUCCUCCUCCUUGAUUUUUCUGCUUCUCCAGAGGGUAUUUCCCCUCCAGGUUGCUUGACCAUUGGCAACUGCACUCUCUGCCUAUGGCUUCCUGCUUUGGUGGUGCUAGUCUUAGGGCAGAUAUCUGAGGGCUGACUAGAGAGACCCACCCACACGGACACCAAAUUGGGAUGAUCCUGGUAGUUGCUACGCUUUGCCCUGAUUCCUUGUAACUGCUGUCAUUUUACCCCAUUUCAUUCCAUAAAACCACCUGCCAUCUA